AUGUCACAAUUACAAUCACAAAUGCAAAGCCUUCCAGGCUAUAAUGUAGCCAUGGACUAUUUCAAUGACUACAUGGAUAGUCAUUUUAAUAAGAUUGAUCCAUUUGUCGAUGAAGAUGGUCAUAAAUUAAAAUUAUCUCAAGAUAAGUGUACAAAGGAAGAACAGAAAUUAUGGAAAUCUAUUCAAUCUCAAGCUUGGGUUCAUGACCAAUGUUUUAUGGGAUGUGGGAAUCAAAUUAGUGGGAUUGGUUUAGUACCAUUAGCAGUCUUAAUCUUACCUGGUUUAGGACCAGUUUUAAUGUAUAUUCUUCAUGCAAGAUUAAUUGCUAUGGCGGAGAAACGAUUAAAUAUACCUAAUAAAUUAAUAGGUAAAAUGCAAAGUAAUAUUUUUAUAGAUUUGAUCAUUACUUUCCCUCCAUUAAUUGGAUCUUUCUUUGGUUGGUUACAUGGAUGUUCGACUCGUAAUGCCGGAUUAAUAUAUCAAUAUAUGGAAUUUGUAGCAAAGCAAAGAGUUGAAGGUAAAACUGCUACUUAUGUAGCACCAGCAAGUCAAGUUGAAGAACCUGUCCAAUUUGGUCAACAACCUCAGAGUUCAAGAAAUUUACAAACUGCACCUCAAUCUAAAAUUAAUCCUAAUACUUAUAAUAAUAGUAAAUCUAACUAUUCAAGAAGGUUUGUUACCAAACCUAAUGAGAUUGUAGUUCAUGACCAACAACAGUCUGGAUUUGUAUGA